CGCGUUGACUUGCCGACUCGCCCCAUCACCCAUCACCGACCCCCCUCAGUUUAAGCUCCACUACUGACAGCUCUCUCCUUCUCGCUUGCCCCCCCCCCAAAAAAACUACUUAUCAAACCUCCCCGCCAUCGAAUCUUCCUCUUUCCCUCACACCACACCACACCAUCACAACCUCCUCGACUCAUCCCAAUCCAGCUUCCUCAACACCACUCCUCUCCCAUCACCACCAAUCUAAUUCUUCAAUCUAAUCAACCAACCUCCUCCAUUCAAGAUGCAAUACUCCAUCGUCACCCUCGCCGUCUUCGUCGUCGCUGCUGUCGCUCAAGUUGACACCCUCCCAUCAUGUGGAGUAAGUCGAUCUCCCUCUCCAAACUCGGCCGACGCGUCAAUUCCAACCAUUGGUAUUGAAAUAGAGCCACAAGCUUUCUUUCAAUCGCCUCGGUGGUGUUUUCGACCGGUCGUCACCUUCUCCUGAUCCAGUGGCUAACAUUCCAUCUCUAGCAAACCUGUAUCAACAACAUGCUCGCCCAAGCUCCGGCUCUUGGAUGCGCUGACACCCCAGAUGCAUCUUGCUUGUGCAGAAUGCCAAACUUUGGCUAUGGUAUCCGUGAUUGUGCCAACCAAGCUUGUGGAGAGACGGUCGGUGCUCAAGUCAUUGCCUAUGGUGGAACUUACUGCUCUGGUAAGUCCUCACAAGUUCAUCCUUUUUUUUGGGGUCAAAACUAACUGGCUUCAUAGCUGCCGCUUCUUCCUUGGCUUCAGCAUCGAUUACUGCAUCUGCUACCUCAGCUCUCGGUUCCGUCACCGCUCUUCCUACUGGAAGUGCCGCGAGUUCAGUUUCCUCAGCUGUUCAAUCCGCUAUCUCCACCUCCCAAAUUGUCUCGGUCAUCUCAUCCGAGGGAAGUGCCAUAUCAACUGCAGUUAUUGGUCAAACCACCAUCUUCUCUGCCGUUCCUGGAGCCGCCUCGACCGCCGCUAGUGACGCCUCUGGUGCUGUUUCAACUGCCCUCUCAGGUGUCAGCUCCGUCGCGUCUGGUAUUAGUGCUUCCGCUUCAUCAAUCCUUUCUGGAGCUAGCAGCAUCGGAUCCAGCGUCCUUUCUGGUGCCUCCUCGACUCUUGCCAGCGUCUCUUCACGAGUUCCAUCCUCGGCUCCAAGCGGCCCAAGCUCAACCUCUUCUUCCUCAGCAGGUGGUGCUCGUCAAACUGCUGCUGCUGGAAUUGCUGCCGUGGCUGGUUUCGCUGCUUUCAUCUUGUAAUUGUCUUGAAAAGAUACCCAAGAGUCCAAAUCGCAAUUUAGAUUUCUUUCGAGGUACUUUGAUGACGGCUAUGGAUGGAAAACAUCAAAAAACUGGUCGGUGGAUGUAAUGCUCUAAUGGGAUGGUGCGCGCUUUGUCGAUACCCCUGCUUUCUACUUCUUGCUCAUAUUUUGCCCUUGGGGGUGUUCUUUCUCUCUCUCUUUACUACACGACAUCAUGGCCUUGACGAGAUGGGGGAUGGAUGAAAUCGUGAUUCAUAUGGAGGGUUAAUGGAUGGGGAUUGGGAUGAUAAUGUGGAUGGGGUUGGAAUGGAUGGAAAGGGAUGAGGAAACUUUUGCAAGACAUGCUGCUACUGAACUACCUUGGCUUUUCAUUCUGAAUCUCGUUGCACCUCGAGUGCGAUUGGAAGGAUAGUUUGAUGGCGUGG